AGCACUGCUGGGCUGCACUGGUGGGUGGCACUGGUUGGCAGCACUGGUGGGUGGGCACAGGUGGGUGGCACUGGUGGGCACAGGUGGGUGGGCACAGGUGGGUGGCACUGCUGGGCACAGGUAGGUGGCAUUUCUGGGCACAGGUGUGUGACACUGCAGAGUGGCACAGGUGGGUGCACUGCUGGGCACAGGUGGGUGCACUGCUGGGCACAGGUGGGCGGAGCAAGUGGGUGCACUGCUGGGCACAGGUGGGCGGAACUUGCAGGUGGCAUUGCUGGGCACCGA